AUGUCUACACUAUAUGAUACUAUUUGCAAUUUUCUUCGCAUCGCAUCUCCAGAGCAUAUUACAACGUUUUCGGUGAUUUUUCAAGUAAUGAACGAAGAAGCAUGGAUCGCAAAAGAAACUUUAAGACAAUUAUUACAUCAAUCGAUUUCAGUAGUUUUGCCUUCAUACGCAUCUAAUUCGGACAAAUACCGAAAGCUUCUUGGAUUGUCAUUAAAG